CUUAAAUGAUAAACCAAAAACUGUAAUGCGUAUUAGUUCUUGAUUAGUAAUUAUCGCUGUCAAUUGCAAGAUGCGACUCGAUAUCCUAGCAUUGUUGUUAUGUAUCAGUGAUGCUAAGUAUGUCACUGUGAAUACAACCUACGGACAACUAAGAGGUGAGGUUAAUACAGCCAUUGGUGAAUACCCCAAGGGAACGCUUAACAAUAUCACCAGCACACAAUUUUUAGGUGUUCCAUUUGCCAAGCCACCAAUCAAUAGACUGCGUUGGAAAGCUCCAGUUGAACAGGACACUUGGACAGGGGUAAAGGAUGCUUUGGAUUAUGGUAAUGCAUGUUGGCAAGCACAAAGACCCAACGUGGACUAUUCAGAGGACUGCCUAGUACUUAAUAUAUGGAUACCAGGAGAUGUGAAUCAAACUGCUUUAAAAAACCUAAACCUUUCUGUUAUGCUAUACAUUCAUGGUGGUGGUUUCCAGACUGGUACUAGCUCUCGGUAUUUUGGAGGUUUCAUGUCAAAUGACAACAAUGUUGUCACGGUAACAGUGAACUAUCGUCUAGGAGUCCUGGGAUUUUUCUCAACUGAAGAUUCAACGGCUGAAGGAAAUUAUGGACUGCUUGACAAUAUCAUGGCACUGCAAUGGGUCAAAAAUAACAUCAAAAACUUUGGCGGCAACCCUAACUCUAUAACCAUAUAUGGGGAAUCAGCUGGGGCAGCAGCAGUAUCACAUCUUAUGUUGUCUCCAAUGGCGGAAGGACUUUUCCACAGAGGAAUAACUCAGAGUGGAGUAGCCACAGUAUACUGGGGCAUAGCUAGGAACUAUCUAAAAGAGCUAUCAAAUUUGCUUGGAGAGAAGUUAGACUGUCCAUCGCGUGACUCAAAGGCAUUGACGAAUUGCUUGCAAGAUAAAGAUCCAAAGGAAGUUACAAAUGCAGCCAUCCAGCUUGAUGGUGAAAUACAGCUGAACAGGAAUGACACUCAGAGUAAAUACCUGCCUAGAAUUGAUGGAAAAGUAAUCAUUGAUGAACCUUUGAAAGUGCUUCAAUCCGGAAACUUCUACCCAUAUGAUUACAUGACAGGUAUUAACAGUCAUGAGGGCUGGAUGCUACAAAACACUGUUGCGAUUGAUUUAAGGAACAAAACCCUUGAACAAGGAAUCAAUUUCACUGACUUUGAUCUCCUUACUCAGCGUUGGAUGCGUUUUCUAAGCCACCCUGAUAAACGGUUUGAAGUCAGCCAGGCUGUGAAACUUGUAUAUGACGUGUACUCAUCAACUGCUGACAGCAUUGAUCGCUCUAAAUCCUAUUUAGACUUUCUCUCAGACUUUGUCUGGAUUGCUGACAACGAUAGAUUCGCUAAAUUGUACAGCAAAAAGUCCACAAAUAUCUACAACUAUUACUUCUCACCGGAGGUAUCAGAAUACCAGAGGCGAAUAAAAUUUGCAAAGCCAGCCCCUGAUUGGGUAAGAGCGAGUCAUGCCGAUGAUAUAUCAUAUGUGUUUGGGUUUGCCAAGUAUGCAAAGGCUGACAAUGCAACAGAUGAUGAGAGACUGUUCAGUGAUGCAGUCAUGAAAGCUUGGGCCAACUUUGCCAAAACUGGUGAUCCAGGGGAAGUUGCAGGCAAAACCUGGCCUCGGUUUUCAGAGGACAAUCCCACAUAUCUUGACUUAACAACACCUAUAUCAAAUAUAACACAGAUCACAAACCUGCUACCAAGAAAGAUGUCAUUAUGGCUUGAUUUUGUUUGGCCCAUGCUAGAUCAACCAAAUGACUGUAAAAUUCAACCCACUGGCAACCCAGUGACGAGACAACCCAGCUCAGCCAGUACUGUGAGACCACUGGCAACAACCCUGAUAAUGGUGACACUCUCACUCCCAAUGAUACUGUAGAAGUUAUGAGAACAAUGAAAGACUUAAUAUCUGAUGACAUUUUUGAUUCUAUGCAUAUUUUCUGUCUGAAAGAACAUGAAGUUUCCUAAAUUGAAUUAACCUGGCUUUUAAAAGUUUCUUAAAAGACUUCAAGCUUAAAACCCAUUAAAACUAUGUUAAAAAUGUUUUAAAGUUGAUUUACUUCCUGGCAAUUGAAUUAACAUUAAUUCAAUUGAAAAACCACCUAUUGAAAAACCAUCUAUUCAAACAUCUAUAUAGCAAAGCAGAUGAGUCAAGUGCAAUGCAUAUUAAAUCAACAUUAGCAUGUUAAAACUAACUAGCAGACUAAAAUACAAAUCUCCCCUUUAAUUCUUAACACUGAACUGGGUAUUGUUUGCAUCAGCGUUAAGAUUUUUAUAUCAAUUACAUAAUAAAUAUUAAUUUCCUGAUGGAUAUUCAUAUCUAGAGUAUUGAAAGUGAAUGUACAGUAUUGAAAGUGAAAUUGUACUUAGACUAGAGCCUAAAUGCAUGUUU